CCGUGUGGUUUGUUGCUGUACGACUGAUAUGAAAUGUAACAUGUUAUAUAAUCUGAAUAUAAACGCUGUUGUGUAGAUUCUUUUUAUAUUAUACAAUCCACCAUGACAACUUGUACAGCAUUAGGACUUGGUUUACGACGUGCAUGGAUUCAAUCACAGACUCUAAAGACUACACAACGCAUUGUGCGUUUAUUGGCUUAUGAACAUGCUGUAUGUCCACGACAAUCACAGAAGUGCCAAUCUACUUAUACGCAAUCCAUGGGAUUUGUGACGUCAUCUAAUCCAGGUGUUCGACUGGGCGUGGACAAGUCCGAGUGUCUAAUGGACGAGGACAUCGCUGUCAAGGUCACAGGACUGUCUCCUAACGAAAGAGUCACUGUCCUUGCAACCACGGACCAAGACGGAAACAUUUUCUGGUCACACGGCUUGUUCCGCGCCAAUGACUGUGGUCUUGUAGACCUGAGUACUGAUUCACCCAUCAGAGGAAGUUAUGAUGAGACUGAUCCUAUGGGUUUGAUUUGGAGCAUGGUGGCAGCACCAUGGUUACCAGCACACACGAGAAUGUUCCAACCCAGAGCUAUCAAACCUAGGAUAAUCACCUUCAGUGUCUUCCCAGAGUCUGAUAGCCCUUCUGACUACCUCAAAGACAGAACAAAAUUAUUAGCAUCGAUUGAACACAAAAGAUGGUACAAAUCUUCCAACACAAGACGAAUUCCUAUCGACCAUCCACGACUACAGGGCACUGUUUUCCUACCGGAAGGGCCGGGUCCAUUUCCGGGAGUCAUCGAUAUGUACGGCGGCCUAGUGCCGAUUGUGGAGGGACGAGCGGCUCUCCUUGCAUCCCGGGGGUUCGCCACGCUGGCCUUGUCUUACGUCCACGGGAAGGGUCUGCCGCAGACGAUGGUAGACUUUGAACUCAACUAUUUCGAGGAAGCGGCGAAAUGGUUUGCCAGUUUACCGUCAGUACGUUCAGAUGGUCUGGGAGUAUUGUCUUUGUGCCUUGGAGGAACCAUGGCAAUGUGGAUGGCGCAGACCAUUCCGAAUAUCCGAGCAGUCGUCAAUAUCAACGGGAUGCCAUAUACUCACCGGUUUUGGACACAUAAUGGAGUGGAUAUUGGGUGCAAAACAAGAACUGAUAAUUCACUUAUCCAAACGAACAACGAGGGGAUGUCGGUAAAGUACAUGUUUGUGAUCCAUGAUGACUCGUAUUUAAAGCCGUGGUCACAUGGCGCCAAUCUCCUCACAAUAUCGGGUGGCGAUGAUCUAAUGACCCGGAUGGAACAUAAUGUCCGACUUUAUGAGGAAUUCAUGCCACAAGAUUACCGCAAAAAGAAGACGGAAUUUGUUGUAUAUCCAGGCGCAGGACACAUGAUACAGUUGCCAAACACCCCCUUAUGUCGAGUGGUCGGGGGAGCUGACAAGAUACAAGAGGCUCUAAACAUGACGAACCCGAAACACCAGUAUAAUAACUUCUUGCUCUCUGGAGGAUAUCCGAAGGAACACGCCGCGGCACAACGGGACGCCUGGCAACGAUCACUCAACUUCCUCAGGAAACAUCUGUGGUGAAGGAAGGACCCAGCAACCUAAAGGUUGUUCCUCAAGGUCAUAGCAUCAAAGCCAGGUGCGAGUUGUACACGAGCGCUAUGACUUGUGGUCAGUUAAUAGUGAAAAAGUAUAUCUGAUCAUUUUCAACUAAACGAAAUCCUACAAUAGUCUAAUUGACACUGCAAUUUAAUGAUUUUUGUUAUCUCAAAUUAACGCUGAUAUUUGUUAUUAAUUCAUAUGAAUAACAUUGUAAUUGUAAAAUGUUAAAAGGAAAAAAAAUGAAAAUAUAUUCAACUGUACGGAAAACUAGUGUGAUAUUCCCACAGAACAUGAAUUUGACUUAAAAGCAAUAUUAGGCAAGAACUUUUUCUCUCUGUUAAUAUAUCGUAAUCAGGUUUGUCACAGACGUAGAUGGAUAAAGCAUAUAUUUCAAGGACUAUUGCGUUGUCUGUGAUCAUACAGGACAUGCAUACAAAUUGUACUGUACGUCUGAAACAUAAUAAGAUUUUAAAUGAAAAGUGUAAUCAAAAGCUCGGUCUUUAAGUAGGAAUUGUCUCCCAUAGCACAUACUUUCUGGAUUGCGCUUGCUUUCCUUGUGCACAUUGAUACCCCUCAAGUUAUUUCCUUUUUACCAAGACAUAAUUUUUAGAUCAUCAUUUCUAAAGGACCAAGGUGAGCUUAUGCCAUACCGUGGCGUCCGGCAUCCAGCGUCCGUCGUCCGGAUUCCGGCGUUUGUCGUCGGUCCGUCAACAAUUGAACUCUCCUUCUUAGCCACUGAUAAUAAUUUAACAAAAUUUUGUACGAAGCAUUCCUAUGUGGUUGGGAUUCAAAUUGAUAUAAAUUAUGGGGCUGACUUCCCAGGAGCCUGCGAGACAGGGCUGGAAGGGGUCUGUUUGCCAAUAUUGAUAUUAAAAACUUCUAUGGAACUAACCAAUGUCUGACGUUGAUAUUUAAGUAGUAACAUCCCUAGGUAGCUGAGAUUCAAAUUUGUACAAAUGAUUGGGCUGACACCCUAGGGGUCUAGGGGGCGGGGCCAAAAGGGACCCAUUUGGCAAAAUUGAUAUUAACAACUUCUUUUCUGGAACUAAGCAAUGCAUGAAAUAGGUAUUUCAGUGUUAACAACCCUAGAUGGCUGGGAUUCAAAUGUUUACAAAUGAUGAGACGGACCACUCAGGCGCUUGACGCGCCUGGCCAAAAGGGGUCCAUUUGGCAAUAUUGACAUUAUUGACUAACCAUGUAUAGAAUUGCUAGGCAUUUAAAGGUAGACACGUUGAUGUUGUAAAAAGGCUCGGGGGUCUUGCCUUACCCCUGAAAUCUUAGUUCCUUUAUUAUAUCUUUGAAACCGUGGAGAUCCCUAUGCCAUAUCCAUAUAUACAUUGUAGCAUUGUUUGGCAUCAUGGGAUACAUACAAUCACGCUAUAAAAAUGGGUCCCUGGUGUCUUUCCCCAGGGCCUCAGUUUCUUUGUUAUAUCUCUGAAACCAUUCAUAUCCCCACAUCAUAACCAUAGCAUUGCUGAACAUCAAGAGAUCAACACAAUCCUGAUGCAAAAAUAGCCUAAGGAGUGUUUGCCCACCCAUUUUGGUUUCUUUAAACACAAUUAUGUUGAUUCUGGACUUCGUUCCUGGUUUAUAUUUUUGAAACAGUUGAGAUCCCUACUUCAUAACCAUGUAUAGCAUUGUUAGACAUCAACAAAUAAAGCUAUUAACAAAUCGACUAUGAACAGUAUUUUGACGUUUGGUCAAAUCUACAAGGUGAGCGAUACAGGCCUUCUGUGCCUCUUGUUUAUACUUAUCGUAAUGUUUGUGCAUGUACCUGGAACUAGCAGGAACAAGCGAGUUUGUUUAAUUAUUGCGAUAGGGGAAUCAUGGUGAAAAAAAUCUUUUUAAACUAUAUCGAAUUCGUUUUAGCUUUACUACGUAUCUCGCUCCGAAAGAAUGGGAAAUUUUCGUUACAUAUGUUCAAAUGUUCGCUUCUAUGAUUUAGUGUUUUUAAUCAGGAAGACUAUGUUGCACGGAAUCGUUGAAAGAAAAGCAAAGUUUAUUUUAUCAGUAUUUGAUAAAACUACGGGUUAUUGAACUGAACCUCAUUUUUGUAGUCUUCUAUGUACAUGUUUGUUUUUAUAAUUAAUGUUAUUGUAUCAACUGUUACUGUAUCCAAUAAAA